AUGGGUUGUAUUAAGGCCACGCUCCAAGCUCGAGAACUUGAGCUCCAGUUGCAUCAAGUUCUCAGACAGCGGGGAAGAAUGUUUUGGAGAAGGAAAGAGAAGGAUGCCGCCGCAGCGUACGAGCGGUUGGCCGGAGCCCGUGACGAGUGCGUGGAGGGUAAAGUCCCGCGAGGUCAUGUCCCAGUGCUCGUGGGAGAAGACGAUGGACCGGUGCAGAGGUUUGUGGUGAACGUGAGGCUCUUCAGGGAUCCGUGCAUGGCGGCGCUGCUCGACUUGAGCGCGCAGCAGUUGGGGCAUCAUCAGCAGGGGGUGCUGAGGAUCCCAUGCGACGUCGAUCGUUUCCGACGAAUCAUCGACGUGAUCUCCAAAACCAGGUAG